UUGAGGUGGAUUGUUGUGAUUUCCAAAACUUAUCUCCUUAUGAAGGUGAUAUAAUAGUUCGGGGGCAAGACAUGCUCCCAAACAUAAAAAAGUUGAAGUUGUUUGGUCUUAAUAACAUAAGACAUCUUUGGAAGCAAGCCUCCCCACUGGACCAUAUUUGUGCAAGUCUUGAAAGCCUUGAAGUUUUCAGAUGUGACAAUUUGAUCACUUUAUCAUCGGCUUCCUCAUCGUUUCGAAAUCUUACAACUUUGGAUGUUUGGAAAUGCAAAGAGAUGGUGGAACUGAUUACAUCUUCCAAAGCUCAAAGUUUGGGGCAGCUUGUUACAUUGAAGAUAAGAGAGUGUCAUCUGAUGAGAGAAAUAAUCGCAGGUGAAGGAGAUGAAUCAACAUAUCAGGAGAUUAUUUUUAGGGAGUUGAAAUGUCUUGAGCUUUAUUGUUUACAAAACUUGAAGAACUUCUGUUUAGCCAAGUGCAGUUUCAAUUUCCCAUCAUUGAAUCAAGUAAUAGUGCGUCAAUGUCCUAGAUUGAAGAGUUUUUGUCAAGGAGCUUUAAGCACACCAAAGCUACUAAAGGUUCAACUAACGGAAGUGGAUUAUAAGGGACGUUGGGCCGGUGAUCUUAAUGCUACCAUGGAGCAGCUAUACAAAGAACAGGUCGGAUACUGCGGGCUAACGCAUUUGAAGCUAUCAGAGUUUUCGGAGCUGAUAAACAUGUGGAGUGCUAGAAAUCCUCGGGAAAUGUUGGAUUUUAAAAGCCUUGAAUUCAUAGAGGUAUGCGAUUCAAGCCAGUUGAGAUGCAUUUUUAUCCCCUCCAUGGCAUCCAACCUCGGCCGACUCCAAGAAAUAGAAAUCAAGAGAUGUGCUAAUCUUCAACAAGUCAUCAAGGAAGAGGGUUCAACUUCAAUGGUUGAAGAAGAUGGUAAUAAAAUGAUUAGUAUAUUCCCUCGUCUAAAAUCCAUUACAGUGGAGCAUUGUCCCAAUAUGACAAGCUUUUACAUGGGAAGUACAGCACUUGAAUAUCCAUCCUUGACAGACAUUAAGAUAGCAGGCUCCCCAAACAUGACUUCUUUUGUUUCUACAUUUUCUCGAGAAGAAGCAAGAAUUGGUGAUGGAACUCAUAGCUUUCCUGCAUUUUUCUGUGAUAAGGUUGGUUUUCCCAACUUGCAGAAAAUUACAAUCUCCCAUUUGAUAAAUGUGAAGAGGAUAUGGAAUAACCAACUCCACGCCGAUUCUUUUUCCAAGCUAAAAGAGUUGAAUCUGUCUCGAUGUGAAUCGCUGUUGAACAUCUUCCCACCAUCUCUGUCGAGAGUUUUACAAUGCUUGGAGGUGCUGAAUGUGACUGAUUGCGCUUCAAUCGAACAAGUGUUCCAACCCCGAGUUGAAGCUUACGUGGUGAGCAAUCAAUUAAAACAACUGGAACUCAUCCGCUUGCCGAAUUUAAAGCAUGUUUGGGACAUGGAUCCCAAGAGAAACAUGUCUUUUGAAAAUUUGAGAAAGAUACUUGUGGAGGAUUGUUUGAGUUUGGAAACUCUGUUGCCAUUUUCAGUAGGCAGAAAUCUUAAGCAACUUGAGAGCCUUAAACUUGUAAGCUGUGGGAUGAAGGAGAUUGUUUCGGAGAAUGCUGGAGAAAAGAGGGAAGUUUUGUUCGAGUUAAUGGGUUGUCCUACCUUGAGCUUUGGAAUCUACCGAACCUCACAUGUUUGUACCCGGGAAAGCACACCACAAGAUGGCCUGCGUUAAAGAGGUUGAAGAUAUAUGGAUGUUACUACACUAAAGCGUUCGAUUAUGGAGACCCUCAACUCCAAGAACCACUUUUCAAGAUU